AAAGACAAGUUUCAAAAGAUAUCUUUAAGACCUUCAUCCAUGCUUGUCUUUCACACGUUCGGUUCAAGACUCCUCGAAAGCUCCUUUUGUGCUCUAAUCACCUCCAAAACUCCAAACAAUUCAUCCAACACCUACAAGAUGCAAAUGUACAUGCAAUAGACUCUAAAUGCAAAUAAAUGUAAGGUUAAUGCAUGAAUAUAUAUGAAAUAACAAAGCUAAAACUAUGCAAAAUCACAACACAUCAACUAAUCACGUUAGUCGUGUUCUCACGGGCGUAGACUAGUUAUAAUUAGGCACGUCAUUCUUUUUCAUUAUUUCUCCGACAACAUUGACGCGUAAUUGAUCCCAAAUCAUCCAAAUAGGUCGCGUUUUUGAAUAUGAUUUUUUCGUUUAUGAUAUACUUCUAGUUUUUUUUUGCUUGAUGAAAUUAAAUUAAAAUAACGGUGGAUUACGCGUAUAAAAAAAUUUAUAGUGUAUAAUACGUGUUUUGAAUCAGAUUUGCAUAAUUGUGGGUUUCAAUUUGAUUAGCCGUAACAGUUUGGCACUCGUAGCAGCAUAGCAUGCAUAAUAUGCACGUUACGUACGUACGUGAGAGUGAGUACACAAAUAUGUCUUGUAAGGUGGAGAAUGCAUUCUCUCAGGAGCUGUAUGGGCUAAUCAAACAUAGGCUCGAUGCCCAGGCGAGUAAGGAAGCAAUGGUCAAAAAUUAAAAACCUAACUAAAAGGAAACAAAUAGGUACACACAUAGGGAAAAGAAUAAUCUUACAAGACACGUCUCCUCCACAACAGAAGCUGUAAUAAAAUUAUAAUAAAAGACCGCGUAUCGUAUACACUAUUUAACUAUGAUCAAAGCCGCACAUUAUCGAUCAGUUCAUCUAUUCUGAGUUUCGAUCAUAUAAUCAAACGAGGAAAAAAAUUUUACUGAGAGAAUAAAGAUUUGUAACUAAUUCUAAAAAAAAGAAGAAAGAUUUGUAAUUGAAAUUUACAGAAUAUAGUAAUGGAUGGUUCAGGUCCAAGAGAAGGAGGAGGAGUUAUGAAGCCGGUUUAUCUCAGAGUUUGUAUUGCUGUUGUAUUAUCCGCAACUGGUUUGAUCAUGGCGAGGUUCGAGUCUUGGAAAGAAGAUAAUGAGGUAAAUUCUUGUGCAAGCAAUCAAGAGUCUUCUUCAUCACCUAGCAGAAACAACGAUGGAGAAGAAGAAGAAAACGAAGAAAAAGAGAGUCUUGUUGAUCAUCAAAAGCGAGAGAUUAUCAUCUUGAAUUCGAGACUAGAGGAACUUCAGAAGAAGAAACACGAGACGGAGUUGCGUUUCGAACAUUAUUGUUUUCUUAAAGACAAAGAAGCCAUGCUAAUGGAGCAAAAAAGCAUGUUGGUUCUUGAAAGGUCUCAAUUAGAUUUCUUCCGUAGAGAAGUUUCGGCCAUGGAGGAAGAACUCAAGAGGGGCCAAGAAUUGGUGAUCGUGUAUAGUAAACUGGUUGGAGAAAUCCAAGAGUUGAGAUCAAAGAAUUGGCUUCUUGAGGGAGAAACAAAGAAGCUCAGGAUAAGAGUGAAGCAAUUACACCGUGUUGUAAACCAGAAGAGCAGGAAGAGUGUUAAGAAGUUAUUGAAGUGUCUUCAUGAACUGGGGAAAAAGAAUAUCUUUGUGAAGGGACUUGAAGAUCAAGUGAAAGAUUUGAAAGCCAACCUUGAUUUGUUGCAAGAGGAAAAAGAAGUAUACAUGAAAUCGUCAGAAAAUUCAGAGAUGGUGAGUGUAGAAGAUCAUAGAAGGGUCUUAGAAAAGCAUGAGGAUUUGAAGACAGAAGUGACUUACCUGAGAUGGAUCAAUGCUUGUUUGAGGAAGGAGGUUCUCUUGAGAAACGGAACCAAAUAUGAGGGUGCUCUUGAAUUGACAGUAGCAGCUGAUAAUAAGAAUAAAUGGGGGAAGGGGUUCUGUUGGAGGUUACUCUGAGAAGGUGGAGCCUGAUUAAGAAGGGAUGUUUCAUUCAACAGUCUCUUGCUUCACAUAAAUUUCAAUGUUUUAAGCAUUUCUCCAAAAUUCCUUAGUCAUGACAAUGUUUUUUCUUGUAACACUGACUUAUUAUCUAUGUAAUAAUUAUCAACAAUUCUAUAACCAGCAAUUUUAUCAGUUUUAUGAAUAUUCAACCACACUGAAUCGUCUUAUCAAUUAUUUAAAGAUCUUUUACAAGUUCUUUUCUCCAUCGUUAAUCAAACUACUGAAUUAAAAAAAGGCUCUACUAAUCAUGAAAAUGAUUUAUUGUGGAUGGUUUUAUACAAAAUAGACCUCCAAUGGUCACAGCUACAAGCUAAGCUUGCGUGGGUUAAGCCCAUUGAUCAAGUAGAAGCUCGAGUUGCUCGAGUUGUACGAUCCAAGAAAACCAUCUGCUCUUCUUCAUCGCUUUCCAUUGGUAACUUGCUCGCCUCUUAGCUCUGAAAGUUCACGACUUUAUAGAAAUCUGACGAGGAUACACAUUUUUAAUAAUUUUUAUUUACUUUAUAUUUUUAGAACCCUUGUAUUAUCUAGGGAGGUCCUCAAAUCUCAUACAUGUGAAAAAUGAACUACAAAAUACUGUAGGAGUUUUUUUUUGUGUUAUUUAUUUAUAUAUAACAUUCAUAAUAGCCACCAGCCAAUACUGAAUUGUUUUUUCCAAUCCUGAAA